AUGGACGAGAACGAUGACUUGCUGGCAGACCUGGAGGAGCCGGGCCAAGCGGCCGAAUUGGCCGCACUGGAUCUUUUGUCCGGUGUUGAGGCGGAGGAUUCGCAGGUUGACUUCGACCUUUUUGCAGAGUUGGCCGCGCCAGCACCUCGACUCGACUGGGGGUGGACGCACCAGCUGAGCUUCCCGAAGGAGCACCUGGGAGUGCUGCACGUGACAAGGCUGGAGGGCCAGGGCGAUGUGAUGGAGUCUCAAUUUGGUGUUGGCAAAGUCGCCGACCGCUCUUAUGCACAGCUUUGUGUAUUUGCAGCGCAGGGCCGGGCUGCAAUUGCUGCCAAGCGGCAUGAGCAAAGGCUGCAUCAAAGUGCAACUGCUGCGCAGCAGUUUGCGGAGCAGCACAAUGAAGCCAAAAUUGGGCGAGCUCCAGAGCUGAAGAUCGUCCAGAAGCGAGCGCGCUUCGAGCUGGUCUCAAUGGCCUCAAAAGUUCGCAAGCGCCGUGUGCUCAACGCAUUGGAUCUCUGUAGAAUCGGAUUUGACAAGAGGCGGAACCGGGCCGCUGACAGCGAUGCAUACAUGGUCUCGAAAGUCACAGUGCUGCGUGGGCUCGUUUUGCUCUGUCACACAGUCCUGGAGCAGCAACUCGCAAUGAUGCGGGACUUUGCAUCUUGGGUCGUGGCACACAAGCCAGAUGCGGCCGCGGCAGGGCUUUGUUGGGAUGAGACGUUGAGAACGGUCCCGAAAUCUAUCGAGAAAUGGUGUUGCCGCCAGUGCGUCAUUGACUAUGUCCAAGACAUCCUGCUGGCAUCCCGUCAUCGCAUCAUGCUUCACGAAGGCAUGAUGUGGGCAUGCGCGGACAGCAAGGCCCCUUCAUUGAUUCCUGUGCAAGGUGAUGCGCACUUGGCGAAUGCCAAGCUGCACUAUCACCAUUACAACAAGGAACAAGAGCGACAGCAGCAACAGGAAGGCUCCAAGCCGGUUUACACUGAAAUGAUGCUUUGCCAGAAUCAUCAGACCAACUUGAUCGUAAUGGAAGGGAUCAAUGUCACGCCGCGAGCCCCAGAUGUUGGCGGGCGUCUCAUACAAAACUUGUAUGCCAGCACGUUGUUUCUGAGGAUGGGAGGCCAUUUCUUGCGAAUUUUGGGCCCAUUGAAAUCGAAGCUGGAGGACCCUUCGUUCUUCACGUGGGUGCCAAACCCCACAGCGGAGCAGAGUGCCCAGAGCCGCGCAUUCUGUGCAGAAACGGCUAUGUUCCUGGUCGAUAACUUGAAGCACCACCAGCGGCAGAUGGCUCCCGGAUCUGCAGGCAUUGGAAACUGGACAGAGGAAGCUCAAAACAUCGUCACUUGCUUCCGUACAAUUCUGAACGGCAACCCAUGGAAUCGUGCUGGGCUGACACAUAUCUGUAUCAACGGGUGCUGCAACUGUCGAAAAAGUGCAGAAAUGAAAGUUCUAUGGGCAGUGGCUAAGGUGGUAUUUCGAAAUACCCCGACCUUGCCAUUGACAGCAGAUUGGACCAAACUGGGUCCCUCCCUAGACUGGUAUUUCGCGGCAGACUUCUCAGGCCUUUUGACCAACCUGGCGAGGUUUGCUGGCCAGUGGGCGGGGCAGCUGGAGCAGCGUGCAUCUUCGUCAUCAGCAGCCGCUGAGCAGGAUGAUGCUGCUGCGAUUGCCGAGACCAUCGACUUCCACACUUUGGCUGGGAAGCGCUACAAGCGCAUGGUCCAGAUGCUCCAGUCUCCCAGUGAACGCUUCCAGCGAGUCCUGUUGUGCAUUACAUUGGAACCUCUGCGCCACAUGCAUUCUACCUUUCUCAAAUUUGCACACUCCGCGCCAGACGACGAAGCCUGGCCACUCUUGAUGCAAGAGCUUCGCCUCAAGAGUUCCAAGGUGGUGUGCGUGCUGCAAUAUCUGGCAACACUUCUUUGUGGCAAAGGCAGCAGGAUGGUGACCUUUCAGCAGCCGGGACUGGCUUUGGCAGUUCGUGCCCGGCUUUUGCUCAUAGCGGGCUCCUUGGACAGACGACACGCUUGCAAUGUUGACAGGCAGCCCUUCAAGCUAUACUCUUUGGCCGAUGCCCGGAUAUCGCCAGCGGAGCACGAAAGCACAAUUUCGCAAUUCUGGAAAACAAAGCCUUGCUGCCUGCCUGCUGGCUUUGCGCGGGAACUGCGCAAGACUACGACCGAGGACCAGUUCAAGGACGAUCUACCCGCUUUCAGGUGGAUGCUGCUGAUGUCUGCUCUAAUCACGAAAAUGUCGAUUGCAGGCGUAGAACGACGACAUGCUGUGCACAAACAGCAAGCGAACCCUGGCAAACCCUUCCAUUAUUUCACCGCAGACAGCGUGCUCGCCGAAUCCAGGCACCAGCUCAUGGCCCUCGAUCGUUUGAAAGAGGAGCGGGAACAGCGUGCUCGAGCUGCGGCAGCCGCCGCAGCAGCACCGAAGCCUCGUGCGUUGCUGAACUGCUCUGCUGCUGCUCCAAGGCAAGGAUCUGGGCCUUCGGCCGUGGUUGCCCUGCCCCAGAGGAAGCGUCGGACUGCUUCGAAGGAGCCCGCCCCGAAGUCCGGAGAGCCUGCGCCAAAGCGAGCCAAAGGCCAGAGCGCGCUGGAAAUCUUCAAGAACCAAUGGAUGCGUGAGAACUCCCAGAUAAUCUCGAAGGCUUCGUGGGAUGAGUGCAAACGAGUCUUUGACCAGCUGCCCGACGCACGAAAGGAGGAGUACCGAGUGCUUUCUGAAGUCAGCAAGGUUCAGGCACGUGUGAAGCGUCAAUUUCAGCAUUUGGCAGCACAAGGAGAGGCACCGGCAGCAUCAACAGCUGCCCAGCUGGCAGCUUCAGCUUCUUCGCAGCCAGCAUCCGUGGCUGCCGCGAACAUCGGCCAAGUCCAUGGCCAAAACCAAGUUGAAGACAAUCUUGACCGUAUGAAUACGCAGGCCGCAUCUGGAGCGGCAGCUUCAGAUGUUCUGCGCAGACCGCCGCUUCAUCGCAACAUGGCUUGUCAAGAGCUAACGCGGCCUCUUCUCCAGCAGGCCACGCAAGGAUCCCGGCCAACCAAGUUUCCGAUCCAGCCCAAACCCCUCGACGAGAAGAUCAACGUUAGAAACUUCAACAGCAGGCCGGUAGAGAUUCAGUUUGCCCGGGAUGCUUGCUAUUUUGCAAAAGGCGAGUCGGUUCCGGACAAAGUGGUGUAUCCUCCAUGCUGUGGGCAUCUCUGCAAGAAUGCCAAUACCACCAGGGUCAUCAACUUCCAUGGCAAGGUGAUUCGCUUGCUGCAGGACGUCGUUCAAGCUUACGAUGUGGCCCCCAAGCUGAUCUCAACAGCGGGCAUCAUAUUUGCAGCUGAACGCUACACUCAGUCCGGGCAGGAUGCACCGGAAAAUCUCAGUUUCUGGGCAAUAACUGGUGCUGCUGGUAGACAGGCGAACCAUCCAGCUCAAGUUACUCUUGCCGAGCUUCGCCCUUGUGCUGGCCACCACUCUGUCGCCCAACGGCGGUAG